CCGUAAGGUUCAAUCCCUCUACUUCGCGUACAUCGCGUGCGCGGGCGAGAGGCUACUACUGCUGAAGGUGGAGUGUCGUGAAAGGUCGGGCCGCAACAACAGACCGGAACUCGCCACGAGGUUCGGUCUACAUCACGAAGCAUGGAGGCAGAGCGCGGCAGCAGCGGCGCGUCAAUCGUCACCCAGGAAGCAACACUGAUACUCGGCUGUGCGGAAAGACGCUGUGCCGAUGUGAUUGUGCAUAUCCCUGGAACCUGAGAGCUGAGGUGGGGGCGUCCUCGUUACAUUUAUGUGUACAGUUCAGAGCUUGCACUACUCGUCUGAAUAACAUCGGAUACUCCUAGUCCGCAUUGGAUGACGCCGCUGUCCAUGAGCACGCGGACGACGCAACUGACAUGAGGCUGAUGUUGGUCGGGCUCCUGUUGGCAUACACGCCGGCACCGACAACAUUCAGCACGCCACGCCAGCGGACAGCGCCAUGGAGCGCCCGCAGCCCGACUUUCUUGGCAACGGCAGCCUGGACCUCCUGCCGGGUGACCGGCACCGGCAACGAAGGCCUAAUGGUGAGAGGUCACGCUCAAUCGUGCGCGUGUGUCGAUUGUGCCAGGAGCUGGGCUCGUCCCCUUUUCUGGGCAUAGUGUUUCCAAAAGGAAAUCCAUACAAGCAGGGGUGGCAGGACGGGAGAGCAGAGGGACACUUGGAUGUGGCAGCAAGCAACCACCGCCACGGCUCCAUCUUGGCGGCCUGCACGGCAAGAUCUAGAAGCAGAGAUACGGGGGAAGGCUUGAAGCCAAAAUCCAAUUUACCGAGACCCUAAUUACAACUACUGAACUACGUAUAGAAGAGGAGGAUCCCUCGCGCAACUCAGCUCCAGCAGUCGCGCGGAUGAGAUGGGAAGGGCCGACGACGAGGAAUUUGGGAGGAGUUCUCGAAGGCUUGUUUGUUUCGUGAGAGAAGCAGAAAUUUCCAAAGUAUCGCCUUUGUGUUUCGGGUGUCUUCUCCAAAAUUUUGUCUGAUGUGUGGGGUGUUUCUGCAAAAUGUGCUCGGGGACUACCUGCCUCAGUUUCAGCCUUACAUUCUAGAUUGGACGGUCAAUAUGGCAUAGAGGCAGACACACCAUCAUCACAAACUGCCAUUUUUAUAGGAGUAGAGAUUUAGAUCGGGCGUGAAAUAAGAAAGAAACAAUUUUUAGUGUCAAAUAAGGAAUUAAAUAUUUUGCUUGUGUCAAAUAAGGAAUUGUGUCACGAAACAAACCACACUCCUCUUUCCCCCAUGCCUUCCUGCUUCAUCUAGGUCUUGGUGCUCCGCCGGGAUAGCCACUUACCGCUGCAACGCGCUCCUCCUUUCUCCACCAUUGAAGAGGGCAGCGGAUUGGCCCACCCAAGCGGCACGCCCCUCCGCCCCCAGAUCCGCCCAAGUGAGGCGGUUGCUGGAAUGGCCAGCCAUCACCCUGCUCCUCCUUUCUCCACCAUUGAAGAGGGCAACUCAUUGGCCCACCCAAGCGGCACGUCCCUCCGUCCCCAGAUCCGCCCAAGUGAGGCGGUUGCUGGAAUGGCCAGCCAUCGCCCUGCUCCUCCUUUCUCCACCAUUGAAGAGGGCAACGGAUUGGCCCACCCAAGCGACACGCCCCUCCGUCCCCAGAUCCGCCCAAGUGAGGCGGUUGCUGGAAUGGCCAGCCAUCGCCGCAGGGCGCAACUCCUUACCCAGAUCCAUGCCGUUGAGAAGGGUGACGGACUUGCCCACCCGCAUGGCAUGUGUGUUCGUCCCCAGAUCCAGGCUGGUGAGGAGGUUGGUGCCUUCGGAAUGGCCAGCCACUGCUACAGCACACACCUCCUUUCUGAGAUCCACCUAGGCAGCGGAUUGGCCCACCCACGGGCACGCCCCUCCGUCCUCAGAUCCACCCAAGUGAGGAGGUUGCUGGAGUGGCCAGCCACCACCGCAGCGCACGCCUCCUUUCCCAGAUCCACACCAUCGAGGAGUGUGACGAACUUGCCCACCCAUGUGGCAUGUGCGUCCGUCCCCAGAUCCAGGUUGGUGAGGAGGAUAAUGGAACAACUCGUCGUAGACGUCGACGCCACCGCGACACCUCGUCGGAGGCACCCUCCUCCCUGCCGGACAACGACGAUAUACUCAGGGAGAUCUUUCUCCGCCUCCCCUCGGACCUGUACUCAUUCCCCCGAGCGACUGCCAUCUGCAAGCGCUGGCGAGGCCUCCUCAUCGACCCCAAGUUCCUCUGCCAGUUUUACGCACAGCACCGCAAGCCGCCCCUCCUCGGCAUCUUCGAGAACUGCAGCAAGGAAGGUAUGGUGUUCACCCCCAUUCCGGCCCUAGUUGCCGACUACAUCCCUCCGGAGCGGUUCUCCCUUGGACGCCCCCGACUUACCUAUGUGCUCGACUGCCGCCACGGUCGCGUACUUAUCGAAGAUCUGGAGCAGAAAUACCUCAUUGUGUGCGACCCCAUCACAAGUGAGAAGUGUCGCGUGGCUCUUCCAUGCAAGUUCAAGUGGAGCUUUGUUGGAGCGGUGCUCUGCACAGCCGGCUACAAGGGGCCCUCCAGCCCCUUCAAGGUGGUAUUGGUGUCCUGGGAUGGCGUGGAUAAUCAACUCCUCGCCUACGUUUACUCCUCGAUGACUGACACAUGGGGCAAUCUCAUAUCAGUUGAGGCUCCAGAUAAUACUUACUUUCAUGGUUGUCGUAGCACCCUUGUUGGCAAUGUCCUUUACUGGCCAGUUAUGAAUGGGAGCGGUACAAUACUUGAGUUUGAUUUGGAUAGCCAGAACCUUACCAUGAUCAAGGGGCCUCCUGGUAUGAAUAAUACUGGCAACUUUCAGAUCAUCCAGGCAGAGGAUGGCGCCGUUGGUCUUGCCAUGUUGUCUUGUCAUAACCUUCAAAUGUGGCAGAGGAAGGUCAAUUGUCAAGGUGUUUGCAUAUGGUUGUUGCAGAAAACGGUUUCAUUGCACAAGCUUCUUAAGAUCCCUCCUCGGGGCAAUAAAAGGAUCAAAUGGCAGGACAAAUUUCUGGGCUAUGAAGAGGACAACGAUGUAAUCUUUUUAUAUAGAUACGAGAGUGUCUAUAUGGUUCAACUCAAGUCAAUGCAAUCCAGGAAAUUUAAUGGAACCCGUUCCAGGGAGUAUAGGGAGUGUUGUUAUCCUUUCACGGGUUUCUUCCCACCAGGCACAACCAUUACUAGUGGAUGUAAAGAAGCUGAAAUGUUAGGAUGACUGCCUGGUUCGAUAUUUUAAUGUGCUGAAAUGGUUCAACAGGUGAAGAAAGGGCUGCUGCAGUAGUUAGUUGUCACUUUGUCACAUCACAUUAAUGUGGUCAGCGGUGUUUAUGUGUUAUCUGAAAAAAAUUACCGUGGCUUUUAGUCUAGCCAAGCUCCUAAUGUAGCAAGGUGCUUUUGAAUAGCUAAUCCAGGGAGUUUGAGCUUCGCAAGUCAGAUUUCAAGAUGUUUUUACUGCAGGGUUGUGCUUGGCUGCUCUUCUCUGGAGCCAAAAGAGUUUUGUGUAGCGUUGAGAGUUUUUGAGAUGUUCUCUUGUUUAAAUGACUGAUGCUGAAGGAACUAGAACCCUGAAACCGAGAUUAUUGCUGUUGGCUUCCGCUACUUGCUGAAACUGUGGUGGUGUUCUUAGUUUCC